CAUCUGACAGAGAGAAGACCAAUGACACUGUGAGUUAGGGUUUUAGAACACGAGUCUUUUAUAGAUCCGAGAUGUCUCAGGCUAUUUCUGAAUAUAUCAACUACUCUAAGCAGAGAGGGGAGUGCAUCGAGAAGGUGGUGGAACGCUACGAGAGCACAGACACUGUUAUACUUCACAACUGUAAAACAGAGACGAAGGAUGCCAACGUGAAUGCUCAACACAAAGGACUGAUGACUGCAGGUGGCAGGUGUUACAUUAUGGCUGUUGCGUGUGUGCUGCUGCUGUGUUUUCUCCUGCUGAUUGCUGCUACAGCGCUGUGGAUCAAAUUCAGCAUCUUAAACAUAGAAAAAGACCAGUUACAGAACACAUAUGACACACUUAUAAUCGAGAUAGACCAGUUGCACACCAGUUACAAAAAAAUGGCUGUAGAGAAAAGUCAGUUACAGAGAAGUUACAUGAAAAUGACUUUCGAGAGAGACCACUUGCGUACCAGAAACAACAACCUGACGAAAGAAAGAGCGCAGCAACAGGCUGGAAUGGACCAACUACAGAAGGAAUAUGAUGAACUUCAGAGCAAUUUCAGCACCUUGGAAAUGCAGGAAAAACUGAAAUGGGUAGACUUCGGCUCCAGUUCUUACUACAUCUCUCAGAAGAAGAACUGGACUGAGAGCAGAAAAGACUGCAAAAACAGAGGAGCAGACCUGGUGAUUAUAGACAGCAAAGAUGAACAGGACUUCAUCAAUACGCACCUGAGUAAAAGUACAGCUUGGAUUGGUCUGACCGACCUUGACAAUGAGGGGACGUGGAAAUGGGUUGAUGAUACACCACUGGGCACUGGGUACUGGCGUCAAGAGGAACCGAACAAUAAAGGAGAAGAGGAUUGUGUUCUGGUUACUUACCCUAAAAAUGAACAAUGUUGGAAUGACGCAAAGUGCUUUAUUGAAGCACCGUGGAUCUGUGAGAAAAAAGGAUCAGUUUAGUAAAAAGUGCACACUGAGUCAGACAGUACAGCCUUAGAAAGGAUGAGUUAAAAUUGACACAAACUGUUACACAUCCAUGAGUGAGUUUUGGGAACAACACUUGUGUUAAUUUUGAUGCAUUCACUGUUUUAAUGAUUUUAACUUUAAAAAAUUAAUUACAAAUAUCAGUCAAUUCUAAUUUCUUUGUGGUUAGUGAUAUUUUCUAUUUUUUAUAUACAGUAUAAUGUAUCUUUUUGUCUAAUGGUGUGUCGUGCAUUAUUAAAAUCACCUGCGUGUAGCUCAAGCCUCUGUGGUUGCCAGAGGUGGGAUGUACAGUAAUGGCGUCCAAAUACGUCUUUAGAAUUUUCAGGUAUUUGUACCUCCCUUGAUUAUUUAUUUUUCUGCCAACUUGUUACAUUUUCAAAUGAGACUUUAUUUUAAUGCAUUUGAAGGGCCUUUUUUAUUUAUUUAUUUAUUUUUUUUUUUUAGCAUCAUUAUGUACCUUUCCAACGUCAAGAUUUCAGCCUAAAUGGAUGGGACAAUAAGGCAUAGAAAAGACGACACUGAUUAAACCAACCCAGUCUGUCAGUGCUUACUUUGAAUCAACAUGAGCUACGUUCAGUUUCAACAAACUGAGCUGAAUGGGUUUUCUUUGAACUUUUAUAUUUGAAAGUCUUUGUGCAAACAUGCCACAUUGUUGGAUUUAAAUACCUAAUGCUUUUAGCUGUAUGUGAUCUUUACUCUUCAAACUCUUCAAAUAUGUUAUUACUCAGCAUGUCGGAGCAGCUAGUAAGGUAAGGAUAGCUAUACGUUACUGUUAUAUACAGCUGGGUUGUCGGUUAGCAUGCUGUACAUAGCUAUUUGAUAGUCAAUCGGACUGCAUGUGCAAGUGGAUUAUUUAUUUGUCACAAAGUACUUGGCAUUUAAAAUACUUACAGUGGACCACCAUAUAUAACUGAAGAAAGUGUGGGUUUGCCUCCUUCUGCAUGCACAUACAGGCCCAAACAUAUACAGUAUUUUACAUUGUUAUGUGAGGAUCAAUUAGCUUUGCACAGAAACAGCCAGUGUAAAUGUCCUUCAGAGGAUGAUGUUUUACUUUUCUACUUUGAGUGCAUUUCAGAGCUUUUGUACUUUUGUACUUUUCCUGAAGUAAAGAAGGUGAAUCAGUA